AACUACUACAACAUCGGAAACAACAACGACGGAAACUACCACAUCAUCGGAAACGACAACAACGGAAACUACUACAACAACGGAUACUACUACAACAUCGGAAACGACAACAACAGAAACUACGACAACAUCGGAUACGACAACAACGGAAACUACUACAACAUCAGACACUACUACAACAUCGGAAACGACAACAUCUACCACGACAACAACGGAAACUACUACAACAUCAGAAACGACAACAACUGAUACCACAACAACGAUGGAUACAACUACAACAACGACGGUUACCACCAUAACAACAGAAACAACCAUGAUUGUUGAUACAGUCACUCGGGCGUCAAUAGUCGCCCCAGUAGUCGGAGGUGUUCUUGGUGGCGUUGCUCUAGCAAGCAUGAUCCCUGUUAUAUUGUACGCUCUGAGAAAGUUGAGCAUCGGAAAAAUUGGUCCUAAUUCAGGCACACCUAAACCAGAAACACCUAAACCAGAAACACCACGAGACAACAAUGUGAGAGUGGAAGAUGUUGAAACAAUACCAGAUGCAAAUUCGAAUGCUCCGGUACUCGAUGCGUCGAGUUCUGUCUGGCGAAAACAACUAACAAAUAAUUUUCUCUUCAAUCGUCGACAAUGGCCAGUACAAUAUAAUUCUGAACGACAAAUAAAGCGAGGCACCGAUCGUGUCAUCGUACAUGCAACUGACCAACAAUUGCAAUUAUUACUUGAUAGUGAAAUGAUUUUCGUUGAUGGCACUUUUAGUACCGCCUCCAAUGGUUUUGAUCCAGUUUUUUUGAUGCAUGCUCAAUUAUUUGGUCAAGGUAUGAGAGUUGCAUUUAAUAUUGAUAUGCGAUUUAAACAAGAAGCAACACUAUUUGGUAAACAAUUUCAACCGACACACGUUGCAUCUGAUUUUGAAUCAGCAAUUAUGUCAGCAGUUCGACGCGUAUUUCCAGCUGCUAAGCAUUCAAACUGCUUAUUCCAUUUCACGCAAUGCAUCCAUCGCAAAAUAAUGAGCUUAGGCUUAGGUGCUGAUUACGCUCAAGUUGCAACGAUACAUCAACAAUGCAAGGAAUUAAUGGGUCUAAGCUUAAUGCCGAUUUGUGAAAUGAUUUAUUUGAAUAUUUUUGAACGUCAAUGGAUAAAAAGUAGUGUUCCUCUAUCAAUGUGGAAUUCGAACGAUGUUGAUCAUCGAACCAGUAACAUGUCGGAAGUUUCUGAUGGAGACAAAGUUUCAAAUGAUUUAACAGUGAGUCAGUGUGAACAACAGCGCCACGUUAUAAAAUAUGUUCUUGAAAAGUUGGAAAACUAUGCACAUAAAUCGGAUCUCUGGUAUUUAAUUCAUGCUUCACAUCUUCGUCGCAAACUUCUUCGUAGAUCUGCACGCGUUUCAAAGCAAUAUUCAAUAUCCGAAGACCUUGUUCGCAAGUGUAUUCAUCAAAUAUUUGUUGAUGUCGAUCAAUAUGUAACGCAACUUCAUCAAUUGAUAUGUGAACAAAAAUCUGAUACUUUGAUAGUACUCUUGGAUAACAUAAAUAAAAAGAAUACUGCAUGGUAUAGUAUGCAAAUAGAACGUGCAAGACGCAUAUUUCCAACUCAACAACACUUGGAAGACAAUGAAUUGUUGGAAAAUUAUUAUAUUUAUAUUCGAGAAAGAUUAACACCUAAGCAAAAGUUAUCGAAUGCAACAGAACAAAAACAAGCUUGUCCAAACUUUUCCGAUUUGAAUAUAGAAUAUCAGAAGGCAAAUAAUACAGGAAAAGAAUAUCUAAAGCAUGUUAUACAAAACUUUCGAGAAAGGACAAUACCUGAUCUAAGAAUUAUUGAUGAGAUGGUCAAUUUAGGAAUAGCUGAUAUGAAGACGUUCCCAUCAAAAGAAGAUUUUGAAACCAGCAAUAGCUUUCUAGGAAAAGUAUUGAUUUUCCAUCGCAUCAAAGAAGCAUAUAAAACUACCCUACAAAAUACCAGCGACGACUUCAUGCUGCUUCGUUUUGGAAAAAGUUUUGGUUAUAAUGCAUCGAAAAACAUACAUCAAAUUAACAAACAAUUUUCCUACCUUCUACAUUCAUUUCUCAAGUCAAUAGUGAUUUUGUUUGCUUGUCUAACAGCAGGUUCCAACGAUAGUAUCAUAUCUGUAAUAUCAAAAAUUGACUCUCUUUGCUUAUUCGAUUACGAUUCUUCAGUGAUGAAAAUGAAUAUUGAUCUAUUUUCUCCAGAAUCAAACAUUGAUCAAUGGACAUGGCUGCUAGAAAGAUGGCACGAUACCUUAAGAACUAUGCCCAUACUACUCACACGAGCUGGUGCUUUCAGUCGUGUUGUUCGUACAACUAUUGGUAUCGGUCUUGUGCAUCUUGGCAAAUGCGCUGAAAUGAUGGUUACAACUGAGUGUACAUCGAUGAGUACUGAACUUUUGAAUGAACAAUUAUUUCAUGCUCUUCAAACAGGCUUCUACUUUGGUGUUGCUUAUGGUAUAGUCGAUUGUCUACAAGUUGAAAAACACAUUUUGGAUAACGUGCCAUUGGAUCAGUUUCUUAUUUUUGACAAUAAAAACAGUCAGACAUUAACAUCGUCUAAAACCAUUGAUAAAUGUCUUAGUCGUAUGGAACAGUUAUUGAGUGGUACUGAUUUUGAUAGAAGUCAACUACCUGAUAAUCCUUUUGCAUCAAUGCUUUUUGAAUCUUUUGAUAAUCUUUUGAUACUGACAAAAUCGAACAAUACAAUGCAUGAGUCUUUCAACGAAUUGGCUCUUCUCUUACGUUCAUAA